AUGAGUCCACAAAAACAGCUCAGUCACGACGCCUACACCGUGGGAUGGAUCUGCAUCAUCGACUGCGAAUUAAACGCGGCCCUAGCGCUUCUUGACGAGGAACAUGAACUAUUGGAUUCGGAUCUGAACGACAACAAUCUCUAUUAUCUUGGUCGAUGCGGGAAGCAUAACGUUGUGGUUACUUUUCCGGUUACCUAUGGUGCGAAUGCUACUGCUUGUGCAGUUACGGAUUUGGUUCGUACGUUUACGAAGAUUCGGUUUGGGUUGAUGGUUGGUGUCGCGGGGGCUGUUCCAGGUUUGCCGCAUCCUGUGGAUCCUGGUCAGGAUGUUCGUUUGGGGGAUGUUGUGGUUGGUGUGUCUGAUGGGGGUCAUGCAGGGGGCAUUCUGAACUACGACACGGGCAAAUGGGAAACUGAAAACGAACUAUCAAUUGAACCACAUCUAAACAGCCCUCCUAGCAUCUUACUAAACGCAAUCAAAACCGUUCGAACAGACCAUCAGUCUCACAAUGGCCAAAUGGCACCAUAUAUAGAACGCGCCUUAGCCCAGCUAAGCGACCUCGCUGAUAUCGAUGACCCCACCUUCCCAGGAUGGGAGAGCGAUCGACUCUUCAAGGCAGAAUAUCAGCACUUCCACGCAGAUAGAGAGUGCAGCGACUGCGACCCAGCACAAACCAUCACUCGACUGGCCCGAUCUUCCAGCAGCCCUGUAGUGCAUUAUGGGUUGAUCGCUUCCGGCAACGCGGUGAUGAGAAAUGCGCCGCUUCGAGAUCGAUUAAGGGACACGUGGAAUGUACUGUGCUUUGAAAUGGAGGCGGCAGGACUCGUGGAGCAUUUCCAUUUCCCGUGUCUGGUGAUUCGGGGGUUGUGUGACUAUUCGGAUAGUCAUAAGAGUAAGAGGUGGCAGGCUUAUGCUGCUGUUGUUGCGGCGGCGUAUGCGAAGGAUCUGUUGCGGGUGGUCGGAUCAAUUGAUAUGAUGGAAGAUGGUAUGGUCUCUGCUGACAUUCUAGUUGAUGGCUUAUGAACUAAUAAAUGUGUGAAAUCAUAGUUGCUACAACUGUCAGUCGUCUCGAUGAAGACGGUCAGAAGAUCGGAGAAACUGUCGAUGAUAACUACUACUAUCAGCAUGAUGAAGUGUGGGCUACACAAUCAGUGGAUUGCAAAUGAAAACCCAUCGAGGUGUCAGAUCUGAUACCGCUAAUCUCGCACUAUAUCAUAUCUAGAUGUCAAUGUCAAAUGCAGAGUUGAAC